AUGGCAGCCCAUAAGGAGGAAGGCGACUUUGCUAUCGAGCAGCACCUCAGCAAUGCUCAGGAUGGCGCCACCGCGACCGAAAAGGAACAGGCUCAGCUCGCCGGCCUGGCAAAUCAACAAGAGCACGACCUCGGAAAGAGGGCGUCGUUGAAAAGGUAUCCCAUCUCCUGUUUUUGGUGUGCCUACGCCGUCUGGUUGGUCCUGCUUGUCAGCUUCGAGAACCAGGCUGCUGGUAACAUCUUGGGCAUCCCAAGGUUCCGCGAAGAUUUCGGCGCCCCAUUCAAUGGCGACUUUGUCAUCCCGGCCAACUGGCAGUCUGCCUUCAGUGGCGCCCCGAUCGCAUCUCAAAUCAUAGGCGCCUUGGGAGGCGGGGCGCUGGCCGACUUCAUUGGACGCCAACGCGUGGUGAUGCUCGCCUUGGUGAUCACCUACAUAGCGGUGACGCUCGAGUUCGUGUCAACGACCAAUGCCAUGUUCUUCGGUGGCAAAUUCCUCAACGGCUUCGCCAUUGGCUUCUUGCAGUCGGUCACUGUGACUUAUAUCGGCGAGGUCACCCCUCUUGCUCUCCGCGGCUUCUUCACAUGCCUUUCUGCCGCAAGCUACACAUUAGGCCCCCUUGUUUGUGCCUUGAUCGUCAACGACACGGGAACUCUCCCCACCCGCUGGGCGUAUAGAUCGGUGUUUUGCGCGCAGUAUGGCUUCGCAGCCUUCGCGACGGCUGGCGUGUUCUUCAUGCCCGAGUCCCCCUGGUGGUUAGCUAGCAAGGGCCGCGACGAUCGCGCGCUGGAAAAUCUCUCCAAGCUCGGCCACAGAGGAGAAGAAGGCCACAAGAGGCUGGCCAUGAUCCAGCAGACCCUGAGAGAGAUAGCCAAGGAGACUGCAGGCACCUCAUACCUCGAUUGCUUCCGCAAGAGCAACCUCCGCCGGACCGUCAUCAGCAUCGCGCCGCUUUGCAUCCAGGCGCUGUCGGGCAUCGUGUUUGCGGCCUCCUACUCCACCUACUACAUGCAGACCGCGGGCUUCAGCACCCAGCUCAGCUUCCAGCUGCAGAUCGUGCAGCAGAUCGUGUCACUGCUCGGAAACGUCAUGUCAUGGUUCCUCAUCGAUCGCGUGGGCCGCCGCGCCCUCACCUUCUGGGGACUGUUUGUUUUGACGGCUGUUCUUUUCGUCAUGGCCGGGCUCGCCGUGGCAGGAAGCCCAGGAGCCAUCAAAGGCACUGUGGGCCUGAUCCUGGUCUAUUGUUGGUGGUACAACGUCACCAUCGGUGCCACGGCCUACACGAUCCUGUGUGAAGUUUCCACUGCCAGAUUGCGGGUGAAAACGAUCGCAAUUGGAUCGUCGGCCCAGGCGCUGCUCAACAUGAUGUGGAGCUUUGUGCUCCCCUACCUCUUCAACCCAGACAAGGCCAACCUCGGCGCCAGGAUAGCCUUCAUAUUCGGCGGGCUAGCCGUGCUGUCAUUGGUCUAUGUUUGGUUCUGCGUUCCCGAGACGGCAGCGCGAACGUACGAGGAGCUGGACGAGAUGUUUAUCAAGGGCGUGCCGGCGAGAAAGUUCAAAACUUACAAGCCUGACGCUGAAAUACGGGGCGAGGAAGCACAGGCUAGGAUUAAGUGA